ACUUCCUCUUCCUCCUCCUGCUGUUGCUUUCAUGCUCCACCCAUCCACACUCACACAAACAUGCACAGACACACUGAGCAGAAGUGAACGCAGCGAGUGUGAUCGGACAGGACUGAUAACCGGAGCCAAACGAUGGGACAUAACGAUUCUCUAAAUAUUUAAUUGAAUCCAAUCAUCAGACAGACAGGUAGGCGUGAUCAUGCAGACAAUCAAGUGUGUUGUGGUGGGCGACGGCGCCGUGGGGAAGACCUGCCUCCUCAUCUCCUACACUACUGGAGCCUUUCCCAAAGAGUACAUCCCCACUGUGUUUGACAACUACAGCAGCCAGGUGACGGUGGAUAGCAGGAUCAUCAGCUUGAACCUGUGGGAUACAGCGGGCCAGGAGGAGUACGACCGCCUGAGGACGCUGUCAUACCCGCAGACUAACGUCUUCAUCAUCUGCUUCUCCAUCUCAAGUCCAGCCUCCUACGAGAAUGUCAAACACAAAUGGCACCCAGAGGUGUCACACCACUGCUCCGGGGUCCCCAUUCUCCUGGUGGGCACCAAGAGUGACCUCCGAAACGACACAGAGACCCAGAAGAAGCUGAAGGAGCAGAACCAGGCGCCUGUCACUCAUCACCAGGGCGUGGCCCUUGCCCGCCAGAUACAAGCCGUGCGCUACCUGGAGUGUUCCGCCCUCAACCAGGACGGGAUCAAGGACGUGUUCACCGAGGCCGUCAGGGCCUUUCUCAACCCGGAGCCCGUCGUCACCAAGAAGCCUUGCGUGCUGCUCUAAGAAUCAAAAUACCGACUGAACUGAACAGGGCUCAAUUGUGCUUGAGAGACUUGUUUUUAUCUUUGAAAAAAUGUGAUUCGAAUUUUUUUGUGUUAUUUUAAGUGUGGUUUGUCUUUAUGAGAUUGGCUGGUGACCAGUCUAUGGUCAACCUAGGUAAACUGGUCUAGCUUCCACCUGACCACAUGACAAGCGCAAUACAAAAUGGAUGGAUGGAAUUAUGAAUAAUGACUGGAAAUAAAAAAUUCUAUUUCAUGUAAUUUCACUGGGUGUUCAAAAUUGACCCCUUAUGCCUCAAUAUGAGCCAACAGAACUGUAUGAUUUUCUCAUAUCAGUAAAUAUUGACAAAUGUACGAAAAGCUCACAAAAUCCAAUAAUUUGUAAGAUAUUUUUCUUUGGAAAUAAAGACUAUACAGUAAUAAUAAACAGGGGGGUGGGAUCACAAGUGAGAAAAGUCUGUCAAUACUACCCUGAAAUAUAUUCCCUGAAAUGUGCACAUUUUUUUAUUGAAAUUAAAUGUUACAUCUAAAAUAAUUUCAGAGAAUCUCUUUGAUAGUGAAAAACGACCAACACGAUUUCGCGCAGAGGCCCGUGUGGAGGAAGACAC